AUGAAUCGAUAUCACACAGAGCUGCGAGGACCUGAGUCAGUCAGGGUGAAGAGUGACUCCGGGCCUCCUCUGGUAGUUGUUAUAAUGUAUUGCGAGGUGUUGAAGCGGGAAUGGAAGAUCCUUCGCGACUCGCUGAGGCAGUCUCUGAAGAAGAUCAGCAAGGGCGCCACCACCAAGGCCGGCGUGCCCUGCAAGAAGUGGCGCUUCCAGAGUCGGAUGGCCUUCGUGCUGCCCUACAUGACCGUGAGGAGGAACCAACGUCACGUCCGGCAAGACAUCAAGAUAGACGAGACGGAGGUCCCGUCCGACCAGGACGUGGACUCUGAGCUGUGGGAGCCGGGGAACGAGCACCAGGAGUCGCUGGACCUGUUCUUCGCCAGCGUCUGCCAGAGCACCAGAAGGCUGCCCAGGAAAUACCAGAACCAGAUCAAGAGGCAAGUGCUGGACGUGCUGAUGAAGGUCGAGGAACAGUUCGAGGCCGACACCGUGGAGACCAAGAUGGACCUCUACAAGAACUGUUGA